AUGGAAAGGAGGAGGAUCCAGCUGAAUCCGGGUUUAAAUACUGCCAUCGGUCGCCUAGUUAAGACAGUAGCCGGUGAUUCCCGCCUGAUUGUUCCGUUGUACUCUCCAGAUUUUGGCGCCAUCGUCAAGACUUCAAGCCGGACUGGAAAUCAGCGGGAGCGGCAGAGAGGGGUGCGGAGGCUGGGAUCUGGUCGAUUGGGAUCAAUACCGGAAGAUUAUAUGCAGACCACGGUGGCGUUAGAUGAUGAGGGGCAUUUCACCUUCCCUCCGUCUGAAGGGUUCAAGAUCGAUAUCCAGCGAGAGCUUCAGAAGUUGGAAAGGGUUCUGGACCCUAGUGGCGAACCCACCCUUGCUGCACCGGAGCAGCUCCUACAUCUUCCAACCGUAGCUGAGUGGACACCAUCCGCUAUUGGUGAGUCCUCUGAGGAGAACCCACCAAAUCAGGCGCGCAAUUUUCACUGUCUGAGCCAGAGCUACCAAGGGGUCCCCUUCCGUCGCCGCCGCCGUCGCCACCAGCGGAGCUGCACUUGCAAUUUGCCCGGGUGCUGGAGGGUCUGGGUCCAGAGGAAGGCGGAAGUCAAGGUUCCUGGAUUUCAAAUGUUGUUCACUGUCACAAAAGGGGUUUCUUUGAUCAUGAUAUUAGAGCAAAUCGAAGAUGGUUAUGGAGAAGAUGCAGAGGCUAAGGCUGAAGACGAUGAGAAGAUGAAGAUGAAGUUGGCUGUAACCUGAAGCGACGACGUUUCCUUCCUCCGUUAUGUAGCAGCCGUUAGUCAAUAGUCAUUCAGUUAGUGCCACGUGUUUAGGCACAGUAAUUUCCUUUUAAAUUACCGUUUAACUUACCUUCAACUUUUAC